AUGAACUCCCCGAAAGAACCCAAGGUCAAGAUUCCUACCAUUGAAGCCUAUGACGGUACUACUGACCCAGAUAUGCACCUAGUUGCUUACCGUCACCACAUGUUCAUGGCACACAAGGACGAAAGGAAAACGAGCAUGCAUUUAGGACGCAUUCAACAGGGGAAAGAUGAAUCAUUAAGAAGUUAUGUGAAACGUUUCAACCUAGAGGCCAGGCAGAUCCCAGACCUACCCGACGGCGUCUCUUUUGAUAACUUUAUCAGGGGACUAAAGAAAGGGUCCUUCAAGUUUGAUUUAGUCAAGAAGAGUGUGCGGACUAUGGCCGAAGUUCUAGAUGAGGCUAAAGCAUUCAUUAACGCAACGGAAAUAUGCAGCGCGUCCAAGGAUGGAAAGACAGAGCAUGAUAACUCUCCUGGGCACAAGAAAGAGCGUCCACAAGAAAGAGAAUAUUUCGAGUAUAACACAGAUCUCCUCACAAUCCUAAAAGACGUUGGGACCCGGUUUGAUCUUGAACGGCCUUUUCCUAUGAAGUCACCUGAUGAGAGUCGAGACCCUAAGCUGUAUUGCCAGUUCCACGAGGAUAUAGGGCAUGACACCAAGAACUGUAGAAGCUUAAAGAGAGCCCUAGACGGCCUCGCCUCUAAAGGACACCUCAAAAUUACUUAUAGAGAAAUGCUCACGGCUCGGGAAAGAGCCAAUACAAGAAGAACAAGUCACCUGUCUCACCUAUAG